AUGCUCUAGGACGCAUGUGUCAAUGAGUAACACACUUCCGUAUUCAAACAAUACAUCAGUCAUUCGGUGUUUAUUUUUAUUUUGUGACAGUUAUUGGUGUCGGAAUGAUUCAGAUAAGAUAAAGAUAAAACAGAAUGGCAGCGAAGGAAGUUAGGAAUAAGAAGAAGGGGAGGUCAUCAGAAUGGUCCAAAUCAGGAAGCUUCAUGAACAAGCCGGACAGGGGCUGGAUCCACCCGGACUUCCAGCUGGAUAAAGAGGCAGGGAUCUGCUACGGAGUCAGGUACAUUGGUUGUAUUGAAGUCAAAGAAUCCAUGAGAUCUCUAGAUUUUGAGACCAGAACAGCACUGGCCAGAGAAGCCAUCAACAGAGUAUGUGAAGCAGCAGGUCUGAAAACAACAAAAAAGAGAAAGGUUGAUAAAAAGUUGACCAAGAUGUUGGGUGAGAAACCGAUAUUACAAUAUGCUGGGUCCAACGUCAACCUGACAAUUUCUACCGAGUGUCUCAACCUCAUGAUCAUGGAAUCAGGGGAGAUUAUUGCCACACAUCAGAUGCCAGGGAUUUCCUUUGCAUCAGGAGGAGAUGCAGAAACCCUGGAUUUCGUGUCGUAUGUAGCGAAGGACCUGGUGAAUGGCCGUGCUUGUCAUGUGUUAGAGUGUGGAGGGGGGCUGUCGGAGGAUGUCAUCACAACCAUUGGGCAAGCUUUUGAACUGCGGUUUAAAGAGUAUCUCAAAAAUCAACCCAAAGCAAUGGAAAUCCCAGACAGGUCAGAUGGCCCGUUGGCAGAGGCUGAUGCUUGGGGAGACGAUGAAAAUGAGUACUAUAAUGACCGUCCUGAUGCACGCCCACCCUCACCACCAUCUUCCUCAAAAGCACCACUGGCAGAAUAUGCCACACCCCCUUCCAACCUCCCCGUUAGUGAUGGGGUAUAUUCAUCAGUGAAGGACAACAAGUCAUUAGUCUACGACACUCCAAAGGAACAGCCCCUCAUUGAUCUGUCAGACAAUGGUGCUAAUGUAUAUGACAACAAAGAAAAUUCUACAUCUCCUGAAUUUAAACCUAAUGUCUAUGACAACAAGGAAAAUGUUCUGUUUGAGUCCUUGCCCAGAAAACCCCCUACUCCUCCAACUGUGGACAAUCUACCAGACGUUCCUCCUCCUAGGAUCAGGGAACCAGUCAAACAGGCAGAGGACCCCUUUGACUUAGAGCCCUUUAGUGCUGAGUUACCUCCUCCGAGAAACAAAUCUCAACAGAAUGGCAUCGAGGAAAAACCACUGGAAGACAAGGCAGUGUGCGACACUCUCCCACCGCUCAAGGAAAAUCCAAACCCAGGGAAGGGCAUAGCCCCAGUGUUUGAAGAGUGGUAUCAUGGAGCCUUACCCAGGAAACAGGCAGAGAAGCUUCUACAAAAGGAUGGGGAUUUCCUAGUACGAAAGAGCUCAAGUGACCCCAAUCAGUUUGUACUUAGUGGAAGACAAAAUGGCAUGAUCAAACAUUUAUUGCUGGUGGAUCCAGAUGGAGUGGUUAGAACCAAGGACCAUACAUUUGAGAGUGUUCCACAUCUUAUCUCCUACCACAGAAGUAAGAACUUUCCAAUCAUCUCUCAGGAGAGUGUUCUAUAUUUAGUUCGACCAAUCAGCAAUAAUUACACAAACUGCUGACCAAUCGAGCACUGAGGAAAUAGAGAGAUUGGACUUCUUUCAUUGCCUUAUAUAGAGAUGAAACACAGCACUAAACACAUUGUUAACAUAUUCUGUGUCUGUAAUUUGUAUUUUCUGAUCAUUUAAAUUCUUAAACGCCAUUGUUUGGAUGUAGAUUUUUUUUUUCAUUUUGUAAAUUUUUAGUGCAUGGCUGAAGCAUGAGCUAAUGCCUAUGAAAUACAAUUAUGUGUGUUUUUUGAGAGAACUCUUUUUGAUAAUGUGUACUUCACACUACUGUAGGAGGAUCUACAAUUUGUACUGUGCUUAAGCCUUCACCACAGCAGUGAUUUUGUAGGUUUUUAUUGGAUGCUUUUAAGAUUAGUCAAGAAUACCAGUGAUAAGCCAGGGCAGCAUGCAGGGAAUGUAACAUUUUAUAUGUGGUAUUUUUGAAUUGUUGAACAGUAUCCGAUUGGUGGUGUUCAUAUUAAGAAGAAUCUAAGAAUUGGGAACUUUUGACUAGUUAUUUUUAAAAAUAUUUGAGAAUGUAUUUCAUAGAAAUUACUGAAUUUCACAGAAUGGAAGUUGUAGAAUGUUUAGGGCUGGAAAUGUAUUAUCCAACCUAGCCCUUUGUGUAGCUGUUGAAGACGCUGAUAGUGUUAAGUGGCUGUAUUGCAGAGCAGGCUUUGAGAGGGUUAAUUAUAAAUCAGCUUUAUUUCCUAAUCAAAAGGAGCGAACAAGCUUUCUGACAUCCUAGGAAGCUUUAAUCUACAAAUGUACAUGUAUAUGUAAUGAAAUUGGAGUAAGGGAUUACUUAGACAUGUAGUGAUAGGAGAGAAAGGAUAUUAUGCUAAUUUCCUAAACCAUACACAGAAAGUGUAAUUAUUUGUAUUUUUUUUUGGUAAUGUAGCCAGAAUUGAAUUGAUACACAUUUAUUUCAUUUGUGUUAUUAAGAUAGAUAAAGGCAUGAAAUGCUGUAGUGUAUGUAUUUUAUGGAACAAUUGUCAAGCAUUAUUAUUUUUGUAUGUUAGAGGGCUGGUACCUAUCGAUUUUUUUUAUAUCUUUAUAUGAGUUUGAAUUCAAUGAAUCAACAAAUACGUGAGAGAGUAUAGAGAAUGCAAACCUUUGUCCAGACUAAACUGAAUUCAUUCCUUCCAUAUAGAUCACAAAUCCAUCUUCAGAUCUCUAAAUGUAGAAGAUAUGUGCCAAGUUAUCAAAUCUAACUGUGGUUAAAAAUUUCCUGAAUAUGCACCAAGUAAUUUUUCAUUAACUUGCCAACAAACAAAUAGAUUAAACUGACUAAAGACAAUUCUAGCAUGUACCUGUAAUCAUUAAUCUCUGUUGGAGGUCAGGGAUCCCAUCCGAGGUCAGGAAUCCCAUCAGAGGUCAGGAAUCCUGUCAGAGGUCAGGGAUUCUUUGAGAGAUCCCAUCAGAGGUCAGGGAUUCUUUGAGAGAUCCCAUCAGAGGUCAGGGAUUCUGUCAGAGAUCCCAUCAGAGGUCAGGGAUUUUAUGGUCAGAUCAUGACUACACCAACACUUGACAGGAUUUUGCAUUAUGCAUUCAUGUAUAUGUUCAAACCUUAUGUUGUGUUUCAAAAAAAAUAUAUGUGCACAUACUUUGAGUAUUGUAAGAGUCAGUUGUUUUCAAAUGGAACUAUCAUCUACUUCAUUCUUGCCACCACCAACAAAUUUGGACAGAGGGUAUGUCCGACUACAUGGUGCAUCUGUCUCAAACUACUGGGAAAGAUGAACCUGUAAUAAAAAAGAAGUUAGUAGGCUUUGAAGUGAAUUUAGAUGUGUGUGUGAUUAGUGUAUAGAGUUAGCAGAGGUAUGUACUCUCUGAGCCCCAUCCGUUGUAAGAACUAUAUAUAUAUGUGUGUGUGAUGUGUAUGCGUGAUAAAGCUAUUUGGUUCUCAAAAUUGACAGUCAUGCUUUUGGUUGUUUGUGCAAGAAUCUAAAGUAGCCAAGUUGUUAAUCUGGAUUUGACCAAUAUGUUUUAGAAUUAUUACAUCAUAAUGAUGAUGUUUUGUGCCAUUAUCAGUAUUUCAAUAUACAGGGAUUAUUUCUUUCAGAAAGCACUAAGCGUGAGCUUGCACAAACUUCAUAAACAUGUAUAUUCUGACCGACAUCUUACCAGAGACUUCUAUUUCCUGUAGCUAUAGAGAAAUUAUGUUGUCUCAGUGUGGCUCUGUUAGCUUUCGGAAUGAAAAACAUGCACAAAAAUAAGAAUUUCAACCGACUCUGAAUUGUCUCUUUCUGUGUCUGUUACUCCAAAUGACUAGAGACAGGAGAGGCACAUUUAAACUCUUGUCAGAUUUGGUAUUUAUUGGGAAAUCAAACAUAAUUUAGUCUUUAUUACAGGGGCUUAACAAGUUUUUUACUCUCUGUAUGUGUGUGUCCUUUUUGUACCACACUUUGAAAAUACUGUAUCGUGUUUUGUAACUUUUGUUUCCCUAGGUAGGGGGAAAUUGUAUACAUCUUAUCAUCAUCGUGUGUGCUCUGGAUUUUUUGGACUUCGUUUUUAUGUAUUUUUCAUCUAAGCUACAUCAGUUUUUUUCUGUGAUAACUGUACUAUGUAUUUAUUUAAAGUUAUUUGUACAUUCAGUGCUUUAGUGUCUUGCCUCUUUUUAAACAGGAAGCUUUGAUAAAUAUGUUUAUUGUCAGCUGGAGACUAGUUUUAGUGCGUUAAUUUAAUGGAAAUGAGCAAUGUACAGGCGGAUCGCUAGUACUGGUAUGUUGAAUGGGCCUGUGAAUUUUCAGCUCUUAAUCAUUCGUAGUUUCUGAUGUAGUUGAUACCUCAUGAAAUUAUAGAAAAUGACACAAGCUUUACAAAGUUGAAAUUGUAGUGCUUAAUCUGCAGUAUUUGUGUAGAAACUUGCUGUACAAAAUGAUGUUCACCAAAAAUUACGGAAUGGCUGUAGGUAAAUAUAGAAACACAAGACAACUUUUGUAAUAUAUAUGCACUUUUAUGAUUGUUUUACAAUUUCUAACUUUAAAAUCUGUACAGACAGAUGCACGUCAUGUCAUUACCUCCCCUUAUAAUAACCCGUUACUGUGGUUGUGAUUUUAAUAAUAGUAAUUCUUAUCCGAAGCCCAUUUACAAUAUUACUAUUAAUGUAGUGUUGCCUUUAAUUCUGUAAUUUGUUACCAAUUGAAAUGGGCACUCCCAAUUGUAUUGAUACAUUUUGUCUAUAAUUUAACCCCCUAAAAGGAUACUCGUAUCUGCAACAUGAAUUUUUGAUGCAUGGUAAAGAUGUAGUGAUGUAAAACAAAUGAACGAUUAUAUUCCUCCCAUGCCCUGUAACUGUGACACUUGUGUCAGUGAUCAAAGAUCUUGUCAAAGUUCAUUUUAGAUUGAGUCUAGAGAUUAAAAUUGUGAUUGAUUAAAUAUAAGUUUGUAUUUUUUGUGGUCAUACACAUAUUUGUACAUUGUAUAUAUCCUGAUCAGCAUUGACACGAUGGACCUUGUUAAUGUAAAUGUAGGGUGAUGGUGAUUUUCAGUGAAGCAGACAUUAACCAUUGUAAUAAGCUAAUUGUUUUUGGUGUACUCUCAUUUAUCAAUCAUACAAAACUUCAACAGAAACAAUCAGCAUAUGAUCAAGUUUGUUCAUUCCAUAUUUUUAGUAUCUAUAUACAUUGUAUACUCGUUGAUUUUCAUUUUGUUUUACAUACAAAACCAUUAUAUCAUGUAAUAGUCAAAUGGAAAAUGAGAAGUAACAUACAUAGGAAAGUGUCAAAAACAUAGAAAUGGUAUGAAAGAAAUAAAUUGAUUUUAUUUUUUUCAGAAAAAUUCUCAGUUUGCAAGAUGCUUUCAAUUUCAUACGUAACUGUUUAUGUACAUUAACAUUUUUUCAUGUGCGAGAAUGUGAUAUUAAAAUGAUGAAAACCCAA